ACUACUCAGUGUUUAUAUCUUUGCAUUGGUUGACAGUUUACAUUGACAUGGCUGUGAUUGGUGACAGUGACAUAGCUGCGAUUGGUGACAAUGGUGUGGCUGUGAUUGGUGACAGUGACAUGGCUGUGAUUGGUGACAGUGACGUGGCUGUGAUUGGUGACAGUGACGUGGCUGUGAUUGGUGACAGUGACAUGGCUGUGAUUGGUGACAGUGACAUAGCUGUGAUUGGUGACAAUGGCGUGGCUGUGAUUGGUGACAGUGACAUGGCUGUGAUUGGUGACAGUGACGUGGCUGUGAUUGGUGACAGUGACGUGGCUGUGAUUGGUGACAGUGACAUGGCUGUGAUUGGUGACAGUGACAUGGCUGUGAUUGGUGACAAUGGCGUGGCUGUGAUUGGUGACAGUGACAUGGCUGUGAUUGGUGACAGUGACAUGGCUGUGAUUGGUAACAGUUACGUGGCUGUGAUUGGUGACAGUGACAUGGCUGAGAUUGGUGACAGUAUUAUGAUCUUUAGAUUUGAUAUAAAAUUAUAAAGAGGUAUAUACAACGUCAUCGGCUUCAAAAAUUGAUGAUGACAAUGGUUUAAUGACGAAAAACAAAAUGUUUCUACUUUGUUUGGAUGUAGACUUUGGUGACUAUUUAUUAAUGAAUAUCCUUACAUAAUCGCGUCUUUUUUAAGAUAUGACUGUUAUAUAAAAGAGUUUAAAUGGACUGGGAACCAGAAACCGUAUCAUUGUGUGAAUGUGCGUGUGUGUCUGUAAUUAAUCAGUGUGUGAAUGAUCAAACAACAUUACUAUUUCCUGCGUGUGUGUACACGUGCAAUACAUUUCUGAGUGUGUGUUUUCAUUGAUCUUACACGCAUAUAUUUAAUGUAAAUAUGAUUAUGUGUAAUAUAAUUCAAGCAGCAUUUAAGAUAUGGAUACAUGUUUUAAGUGCUUAUCGGUUGGGAGUGUCGGUGUCAUUUGAUGGAAUUAUGAUAUAUAUUAAGUUUUAUAAGUUAAAUGUUUUAUAAAUGUGGUAUUUUCAGUAUGAACACAAUUGAUAACUGUUGUAUGCGAGAAAACGUGCAAUGUGUCUGCAUGCAAGCGCUUGUGAUUUACGUGUGUUUUGCGUUUGUGCCUUUGUGUAUUUGAUUGUUAUUGUGAUGAUACAUCAUGUGAUGUUAUGCGUCAAAAGGUAAAAACACAAAAUCUACAGUAUAAGUUACAACUACAUAAUUCAGACAUGGAUCGUGUAAAGAAGACAAUCUUUUAGAACGUGAUGCAUUUUACCACGUGAUACAGACAACAAUGCAUCACGUGAUACAGACAAUUAAAUACUAAGUGACACGAACUUGUUUCUGCCUGAGUGCUGAACGCAUUGUUUUCUAAAUAUUUGAUUUUGGUGUCUGAGAAUGUGGCAUUGCUUAAAUAAAAGAUUGAUUGACUGG